UACAAGGACUUUAAAUAAUCGCAAAAACGAGCCAUAUCUUGAAUUUUAAUUGUUUCAACGCCAAAAUACACAAAUACACAAACCAAAAACCAAAAUGCAGUACACAAUCGCCAUCGCCAUUGCCUUGACCGCGUUCACUCUCUGCCAUGCCGCCCCCGCGCCUACUCCGCCGAUGAACCAGGGAUUUGCAUUCGUAUCUGACAAAGACAUCACUGGUCAGCAACUACGCCAGAAACGUGCCAGUCAGGAGUACUACCAAGGCGACUAUUUCAUUUGCUAUCCCAGCAGUGCAGUCUAUGGCAACAACAACAGCGGUGGCCAACACCGGCGCUCCGGCGAGUUUCCGCAAGUACGUCGCUCCGGCGUAAUCAGUACCCUCGAGGAGAGAAUAGCACGCGCAGAUAGGGAACGAGCGGCUUAUACUGACAGCUAUGGAAAAUAGACACCCUAUUAGAGACAUAUUUUGUAUAUAUUAGAAGAUAUAUAUGUGUACACACACAUACACACAAAGACAGGUGUAGCUUUAAGAAUUGUACCAAAAACAUUUAUGUAUAUUUAUUAAAUAUUUUAGAGAA